GACUUGGCGGCUGCUGGUCGGCCGACGGUGUCGACCCGCCCCUUCAUCAUCACCGAUCGCGUCGCUGUCCAUCGCUCGCCAUGGAACCAGCCGCUGUCCAGGAGAAAAAUCUGACGAAUUUGUCCUUGUGCAGACUCUGCGGCGAAGAGAAUUUGAACGGAGUCGAUUUGAACAGCAAAGACAACGAGGGGAGGAGUCUGUGCAAUUUAAUUAAUGAACAUUUGCCGGUUAAGGUUGAUAGUGAUGAAAGACUGCCACAGUCAAUAUGCACUGGCUGCCUUUCGCAGGUUCAGUCAAUCGUUGAAUUUUAUGACCUGUUACAGGCGGGCCAGAAAAAAAUCAAAGAAUUAUUUGCAAAGGAGGACGAGAAUUCUGCAAAAAUAAAUAAUGCAGCACCAAAGAGAAAUCGUGGCCGUCCUAGGAAAGUUGUUUGUCCUCCGCAAGCACCUGCAGAUGGUGCUCAAAACGGCAAAGACACUUCUGUGAAUGUUCCUAUCGAGGAAGUUAGUAAAAUAGAAAAUCCAUUGGGAAAGAGAACACGAAAAACCCCUGUUAGGUACCAAGGUGCAGUGCACACAAAAGAUCUUGAAAGGAUCCUCAUGGAAACUGAGGAAAAUAAAACAAGUGCAGAAAGAACUUCUGAAGAUAAAGAAGUAAUAGGACGAGUUGAAAGUUUAGAGGGUACUGAUUUGGGAGAAGUAGCCAUUCUCAGUAAAAAUAAAAGGCCUUCUUUGAGAUAUCUGAUAGAAUUCAAAUGUGAAGCCUGUGGCGAAUUGUUUCGCCAUGAGAACAAGUUCUUGGCUCAUCAGGCUUCCCACAAAACCACAGAAUACACUGUCUGCUCAGUUUGCAACGAAAAGUUUACAUCAACGACAGAUCUCCAAACUCACCAGGAGAUCACAAAGCACGAAGGUUAUGAGUCGAAGACUGAAAAGGAUGAAAAUUUCGACAAGGGAGAUACAAAGGAAAGUGAAGUUCAAAGCAAUAAGAAAAAUUCCAAAUCGACCGAUGGCGCGAGUUCGCAUAUAAACCAGAAUGGCGAAGAACUUGGCUUCGCUUGCGAUAUUUGCGGGAAAAAGUUGAAACACAUCAAUUCAAUCGCUUACCACAAGGAGACUGAACACAACAUUAAAAGAAAAUACAGUUGUCUGAAAUGCAACAAAACUUUUAAACAUAGGUUAUUGCUAUUGCGUCAUCAAUUGGUGCAUACAGAACACCGGCCUCAUAAAUGUGAUUUGUGCGAGGCAAGAUUUAAGACGAAAACUCACCUCAUUCACCAUAAAGUUGUACAUACAAAGGAAAAAAAAUUCCAGUGCCAUAUCUGCGAACAGUCUUUUUCAUUUCAGACAUCUCUGAAUAUCCAUCUCAGAUGGCAUACUGGACAGAAGCCAUAUCAAUGUGAAUUUUGCAAAAAGAGCUUCUCCCAAAAAGGAAAUCUUCAAGAGCACAUUAGGAUACACACUAAUGAAAAGCCAUAUUCUUGCAAGUUCUGUGAUCGUAGAUUUAAGACUUCUUCGCAGUGUAAAAAUCAUAUAAAGUCUCAUAUAGGGUUGAAACCUUGGAAGUGUGAAUAUUGCAGUAAAGCUUUUCUUAAUAAAGCCUCGUGGGUUGCACACGUCCGCCGUCAUACAGGAGAAAAGCCUUAUGUGUGUAGCAUAUGCACAAGGGAUUUCCCAGUGCAUUCUGAUUUCAAGAAACAUCUUCGACUCCACACAGGAGAAAAACCGUACAAGUGUCAGAUAUGCGACAGGGCAUUUUCAAACGAAUCAAACAUGAUUAAACACAGGCGAGUUCAUCUUAAAAAAGCCGGAUUGGAAAAUAUACUAGACCAGUCGAACGAAGUCAAUUCCAACUUCAACAUCUGGACUGUCUUCAAACCUGAGGAUGAGUCGAAUAAACAAGAAGAUUUAAACUUGCAGCAGAUAUAUUUCAUUUCAUACCCCGAAGCGGAGAAUGAAGACCAAAAUGAAAAAGUUUCAGAACAGAAAGAGAAAAUUGAAAGUGAAAAAGACCUAGACAGCACCGAUCAAAGUAACAAUAUGAUGCAUCUUAUGGAUGAACUUGGAAAUCCGUUAAGAUUCACUACACAAGAAGGCGCUACAGUUCAGUUAACUACUGAUGGCGAGUCUCUUCAGUUAACUUUUAGUGACGGUAACACCAUACCUGUCCGGUUAACAGAUAACGACACAUCUACUCUUCAAACACCAAUGCUUCCUACAACAAUGGUUUUCGAUCAAGACGAAGUAGAACAAAACAUAAACAGUCUUGGAUUUGUAACUGAACACCAAGAUGUUCGACUGCUCACUAGCAUUUCCGAUCCUUCUCUUGAAUUCCUGCCCUUAGCCUAGUCAUGUUCAGCUAAUUUUAGCCUUGUAAAUACUGUUUAAUUUACAUUUGUAAAUAUUUUUUAUUAUUUAUUUGAUAUUUGUUUAUUAUAUUUCUUAUUAUAU